GAACAUUUCUGGCAGUUGCCACUAUCCAGAAAAACACGUUUUGAGUCCAGUUUUGUGUGCUGUAUCAAUAUGCUUGUAGACACACUUUGCCAGAAUAGGAGAUGCUUCUGGAACGGGUAUACGCCUUGAGAAGGAGGUUUCAAUCACUUCUGAUCCAACGUAAUAUUAUGUGCCUCGGAAACAGGCCCCAAACCUUGCAGUUUCCAAAAUGGUGUAUGGUGAAUUCUUCCACAGACCUGGACAAGAUGAGGAGCUUGUCAACCUGAACGUAGGCGGCUUUAAGCAGUCCAUUGGCCAAAGCACAUUGCUCAGAUUUCCCCAUACGAGACUCGGGAAGUUGCUCACAUGCCAUUCAGAAGAGGCCAUCUUGGAACUGUGCGAUGACUACAGUGUUGCAGAGAAGGAAUACUACUUCGACAGGAAUCCUUCCUUGUUCAGAUAUGUGCUGAAUUUUUACUACACGGGUAAACUCCAUGUUAUGGAAGAGCUCUGUGUCUUCUCCUUCUGUCAGGAAAUAGAAUACUGGGGGAUCAACGAACUCUUCAUUGACUCUUGCUGCAGCAACUGGUACCAGGAAAGAAAAGAAGAAGGUCCUGAGAAAGACUGGGACCACAAAAGCACUGCUGGAAGUCUAGACUCUUCUGAUGAAGAGUCUUCCAUGUUUGAGAAAGAGCUUGAGAAGUUUGACAAACAGUGGUUUGGGGACUUGCGCAAGAAAAUAUGGAUCAGAAUGGAGAACCCUGCCUCCUGUUUGUCAGCCAAACUGAUCGCUGUUUCUUCCUUGAGUGUGGUCCUUGCGUCGAUCGUUACCAUGUGUAUCCACAGCAUGCCUGAAUUCCAGAAACUAGAUAUCAACGAAAGAGAGAUUGAAAAUCCUGUUUUGGAGGUCGUGGAGAUCAUAUGCAUCGUCUGGUUCACCUCCGAGCUUAUGAUCAGGUUGGCUGCUGCUCCAAGUCAAAAAAAGUUCUGGAAGAACCCGCUGAACAUUAUUGACUUUGUCUCCAUCAUUCCAUUCUAUGCCACUUUGGCGGUGGAUACAAAGGAAGAAGAAAGUGAAGACAUUGAGAACAUGGGGAAAGUGGUUCAGAUCCUACGCUUAAUGAGGAUAUUCCGUAUACUGAAGUUGGCGAGGCAUUCUGUUGGAUUGCGGUCUUUGGGUGCAACUUUAAGGCACAGCUACCAUGAGGUUGGACUACUGCUUUUGUUCUUGGCUGUUGGGAUUUCUAUUUUUUCUGUUCUCGUCUACUCAGUGGAAAAAGAUGAUGACACAUCAGAGCUGCAAAGCAUCCCAGUGUGCUGGUGGUGGGCCACAAUUAGCAUGACUACCGUUGGCUAUGGAGACACCUUCCCUGUUACCCUGGCGGGAAAGCUUAUAGGCACAACUUGCAUUAUCUGUGGAAUAUUAGUGGUGGCUCUUCCCAUAACCAUCAUCUUCAACAAGUUUUCAAAAUAUUAUCAGAAGCAGAAGGAUAUUGAUACAGACCAGUGCAAUAAUGACCCCAAGCAGAAGACAAAUGAGCUCCCUUAUUUUAACAUUAGGGAUAUUUAUGCAAAAAAGAUGCACUCCUUUAUUUCUAGCCUUUCUUCAGUAGGAAUUGUAGCCAACGAUCAAGAGUCAACAGAUGCCUCCAGUAUCCAAGAGCUUGACGACGUUUAUAAUGCAACGUCUUUCCAGAAUGAACGUGCAUCUUUAGUCUCUUCGAAGACCCACCUGUGACUGGACCUGUUCUCUGCUGGUUCCCUGUGGCAUUAAGCACAGCUAAAUGAAUCCAUACACACUGAAGAGAUGCUUCGGCAACCCAACUAAAUCAGAAAUGGUUAAAGGAGCUCUCUCUCUCUGUCCCACACACAGCGCUAGGGGAGAUAACCAGAAGCAGUAAGUGGCGAAACCGUCAGGCAGCCCUGACCAAUUUUGCUAAUGCUUUUUGUGCAUUCGCUGCUACGGCUUUGCGCCCAGUUUUCCCCAUUCCACCCAGAAUAAGCCAUACAUACCAUUGAUAGCCUUGUUUUAUAAUUUUGGGCUAGCAAGAGAGUUUACAUAAAAACCACCUCCUCCAUAAUGUCUUAAUUUUCAUGUGCUUCCCCCACCCCCUCCCGUUAAUUAACAAAGCAUCUGCACUUUGGGUUCUUGCCUAACUCUGUCAAAUGCUUCCAGUCACCGAAUUGCCACCAUUUAUGUGUGCUGCGGAAUGACGACGACGAUAACAAUGUAUUUGUGACCUAAAAUUAAUGCCGCUUUGCUGCUCCUUUGCUUGUUAUUGUUCAAAUGUUCCGUGAAAAAGGAAGCAUCCGCUGACCAACUGUGCAAAUAAUCUCGGCUAACGACUCCACAAAAAGGCAGGCUACCUCA